UUGUUGUUUUUCUUUUCUGGUGACGUCAUGUAAAUGUGGAAAUCAGGCGUCAGCUCGGAAACACAUUGCCCACUUGUCGUCAUUUCUUCGGUUGUAGGUGGGUGGCGGCUGAAGAAAAGUAAUUUAAAGGUUGCGGCUCACCUUGAAACGACGAUAUAAAAGCUGUGGUCUGUUUUACGCCCGUGUAUUUUGUUUGAUUUGUGUGUUUGCUAGCCUGUUAGCUAGCGGCGAUGUCAUUUUCACCAUAGCCAAUUUUUCAUGCCAUCGGAAUGCAUUUGUUUUGAGUUCUAUCGUUCGUUCAUUUAUCACCAUUUAUGUGUAUUUAGUCUAUAAUAAGGUUCAUGGAAAGGAGGAGGGUAGCGUUAAAAUUUCUUUGGAUGGACUGAACUCUUGGCUUGUAAAAGGAUGAAUCAUACAUGGUGUCGCAGUGCCUGUCUUAAACCAAACAGAACGUUUUACUUAUGGAGCCCUUGCAAAUCAGCAUCCUCACAAUUUCCCUUCUCAGGUACCUUGCACUGUUCCCUCCAUGUCCAGCAUCCUCCUUGCAGGAAGGUGAUCCUCCUCAGCCAGAAGCACGUCCUUCACUCGCGGCUCCGGGCUCAGAAGGAACGCCUGUGCAGGGCUAACCAAGUUGUGAGACAGAAGCUCGGGCUCCACACCAGCGGUCUGCAUUUGAACACUUCAGCAUCACGUUGGUCCACGGGCCUCAGCCAGCACAUGUCCCGGGUAAAGAACACAUUGGACACAGUUUCCAAAGCUGUGACCCAAACCAACCUCCUCUCCAAGAUUGCCCAGCUAAAAACAACCAAAAGUGGCAAAAAUGUGGCAUCGACUACUGAAUCGAAAAUUGUGGAAAUCACUCCGGUUUCUCCAGCUGCUCCCAAGAAUCAAGUGAGUCUGCCAUGCAGUCUUUCGAGUCAGACAUCUGUGGCUAAACUGGAGGGUGGUGCCACGGCUCCCUCACCAUCUCAGCCUCGUAACACCACGCACGUGAGCGCCACUGCUGCCGUUGUGGCCCCGCGGGAAGUAAGGGACAAAAAACUGCAGCGUGUCACUGCCACCAUCAAGCCAGAGGAGCCUCAGAAGUCAUCUGGUGAGAGUGGGACUCUGUCUUCCAAACAACCCACUGCACUUUUUCACCCAAGUACAUUUUCAGUAAACCUGGAUGAAACCUACAAUUACCUCGCCCACCACAUCAAUUCCUACUUUGGGAGCAUUACACAGAAAAAAGACAUGGACAACCAUCCUGAUGUCGCAUCUAAUCACCCCUCUGAAAAACGAGUUCUAAAAACGAGUGAUUCCUUGUCCAAUAAACCAGAUCAUAUUCCUCCCACUGCGCCCGCAUCGUCCAAGAAAGGUCUCAGUCACUACCUGUCCUACUCCGCUCCCACUGUGCAAGCUUUUGUGGGUAGCUACAUCGCCCCCUUGGUACCCAAGUUCAGGACUGGGGAGGCCAAAAGUGCCACGGAUGAAGUCAAGAAGCUGGACGAUGAGCCGGUGAAGCAGGUGGUGGAGAAGGCUGUCAGUACAGAGCAUAAAGCGGCAGAGGAGAAGGCCAAGAAACUUCUGGUCCAAAGGGAAAAGAUCAUCGCCAGGGUGAGCGUAGACAAUCGAACCCGGGCACUGGUCCAGGCGCUCCACAGGGCCACUGACGUAAGGGUGUACAUCAGCAGGGUGGAGGACCUCAGCUACCACCUGCUGGAGUUUCCCGAAACAUGUGGGGUUGCCGUCAAGGAGAAGGUAAUCCCCUGCCUGCUGCGUCUGCAACAGGCCAGUGACCCUGGAUUGAGGGAAGCGGUCAGAGAAGCUCUUGCUCUGGUGGGCUACCAUAAGCCCGUGAAAGGCCGCGGCAUACGCAUCCUGUCCAUAGAUGGGGGAGGGUUAAGGGGACUUCUUGCCCUUCAGACUUUGCACAAGUUGGAAGCCUUGACCGGCAAACCGAUUUACAAACUCUUUGAUUAUAUUUGUGGUGUCAGCACAGGUGCAAUCCUGGGGUUCAUGCUUGGCAUUUUCCAGCUCCCACCAAGCGAGUGUGAUGACCUCUACCGCAAGUUGGGCUCGGACGUUUUCAAGCAGAACGUGAUUGUCGGCACGGUGAAGAUGGGCUGGAGUCACGCUUUCUAUGACAGCGAAGUCUGGGAGAGCAUGCUCAAGGAGAAAAUGGGCUCGCACCUCCUAGUGGAGACUUCUAGAAACCCUGAAUGUCCCAAAGUGGCAGCGGUGAGCGCCAUCGUGAACCGAGGCACUCCUCUCAAGGCCUACGUGUUCAGGAAUUAUAACCUGCUGCCGGGCGUGCGCUCCCACUACCUGGGGGGCUGUCAACACCAGCUCUGGCAGGCCAUCCGAGCCACAUCGGCGGCCCCCGGGUAUUUCCAGGAAUUCCCGUUAGGGAGUGAUCUCCACCAGGACGGAGGUUUGCUCAUCAACAACCCCACCGCGCUGGCCAUCCACGAAUCCAAGUGUCUGUGGCCCAACACGCCCUUGGAGUGUGUGGUUUCGGUGGGCACGGGUCGCUUUGAAACGACGGGCAAGAGCAACAGCGGCACAUACACAAGCCUUAAAACCAAAAUCACCAAUGUCAUCAGCAGCGCCACAGACACCGAGGAGGUCCACGCCAUGCUGGACAGCUUCCUGCCCGCUGAUGCCUAUUUCCGCUUCAACCCGUACGUGAGCGAGGACAUCGCCAUUGACGACAACCGGCAGGAGAAGAUGGCCCUGCUUCAGGCCGAGGGCUUCCGCUACCUGGAGAGGAAUGAGGAGAAGCUGAGGAAGGCGGCUGCCAUCCUCACCACAGAGAAGGGCUCCAUGCGGAGGUUGGCAGACUGGGUCAGGACCAGGGCGGACAUGUAUAACUUUAUUUCCUUGAAUUCCAUUAGGUUUUAGCCACAGCAGCAGCAACAACAACAACAAAACACCUUUUACCUCACACAUGGCGACUUCCUUUCCUUCCAUGACGCUUGGAACUGGAUUCUCAGGUUUUGUUUAUGACGACACCCUAAGCGCACUCCGCAUCUCAUAGUGUAGCAUCCCUGCAUGGGUAUCGCGUCCACUCGUAUUGAAUUGGUGGUUUAUUUGUGUUCUCCUUGGUGCUGCUAAGCUGCAUGGCACACAUUAAAAAAAAGGGAAUUUAACUAGAAGUUAGCUUUCUAGAUUGUUUUGACUUCAGUGAACACUGUUCUCGUAACUAUCGUCUGCCUCAUUAAAAGUGUUCAUUUUAACAAUCUGUUUUAAGUGGGUAUACAAAUACCGAAAUCUAAAACUGUCGCUUUUUUGUUUGUUUGUUUGUUUGUUUGUUUUAAUCUGGGAGACCGCACGCACGAGGAGAAAAGGUGGUUUCGUGAAAGUUGUCUGCUUUCUGCUCUUAUAGCGUGCGGUGUAGCCGAUGGCCAACCACGCACAUCACGGUACCCUUCGGCGAUCCAUUGUAGUACCAAGACUGACCCCUGAGAGGCAGCGCGAUGCCACAGGGCAUUUUAACUGCCUUAAAAUUCAAAGAAGACGAAAUGGUACUCUGAUUUCACUGUCGUUCAUACACAGUGGCAUUUGCGAUUGUUAAGUAUUGAACAGAUUUUAAAAAAUGUGUAAAGGUAAAAAUGGAACUGUAAAAUUACAAAUGUAAAAUCAACUAUUUAGCAGUGAAUGCAAAUGAUUUUAAUUUCAUUUGUACAAAAUGUAACUCAUGGGCAAUGGGAGUCAAUGAAAAUGACAACUGAUGAUGUCACCCCAGCGAUAUAUGUAAAUAUACGGUACAUUUUACAUUUAACAAGCUCCAGCAACAGAAAAGAUUUGAAUUCAUGUGUCAAGCAAUUGUAUAACAACAACAACAAAAAAACCUAAACGGUGGCCCUCAUAAAUGUUACUUUUACUUCUUUGACUUUAGCCAGUCAAAGUUUGAGCAUUGCAUUUGUUUGCCUUCAUGCAUUUCACUGUCACUUCUCACCUCACAUCCAUUUUGAGUGUCUCGGCUCAGGCGACUACGUAUCAUUGACGCGUCAGCGAAUACUCAAGGACCACUCGUGAGAUGGAUGCACAGGUAGGUACUUAUCCACAACAACGUAAUUCCACUGCUCCUUUGUAAGGACAAUUCCAGAGCCUUUAUGUGAUGAAAAGUCAUCGCCGCAUUCUGCUCACACGAAUACAAAAAAACGCUGUCAGUCGCACAGCAUCUUCUCGGGAAGUCGACGUGUACACUAUUAUCAGCGAUAAAUGAUGCUCUAUGUGAUGCUUAAUGACUGGAUUACAUUUGGGCUGAUAAAAACAUCGUCCACGCAGUAUUCUCAAAAUGUCUUGAUUUGUGCUUACCGGUAAUUGGGAUGCAUGUCGUGGCUCUGCCCCAUUCAAAUGAGAAAAAAGAUAGCGACUAGACUUAAUCUGUUAAAGCCAGCCAUGUUUUUUU